GUUGCUGUGCUGUGUGUGGGCUCUAUCUGUAUUAUUCCAGCCUGGCUCCUCCUUGCCCCACCCUCUCCCUACUUCCCGCUCUCUUUCUCUCUUCAGCGAUACAUGUGCAGGGAGAGACUGUGACGCAGCCAUUCCAGAGCGUGAGCCAAAGGCACACAGACAGCACUGAUCCUCCUCCCUAUACUCCACAGGGGCACCUCAGACCCAGAGAAGAACACCUAUCUACAACACACAGCGGCAGCUGAACUUCCAGAGAGUCCGGCUGUGCAGACACACACACUGUUCCACCAGGAGGCUUCCACUCACAACCUCACACACCCACUAAGCCUGUCUCCCAGCCAACCACCUGAACCACCUGCUGGAUGUCCACUAUGGAAUCUCCGGGUCAGAAACGAGCCAGCCGCGGUGGGACUGCCACCCCACUCUCCCCAACCCGCAUCUCUCGCCUGCAGGAGAAGGACGACCUGUGCAACCUCAACGAUCGGCUGGCCGUCUACAUCGACAAGGUGCGCUCGCUGGAGAUAGAGAAUGCUGGGCUGCGGCUGCGCAUCACCGAGUCGGAGACCGAGAUCAGCCGUGAGGUGACGGGCAUGAAGGUGGCCUAUGAGACGGAGCUUGCCGACGCCCGCAAGACCCUCGACUCGGUGGCCAAGGAGCGCGCCCGACUGCAGCUGGAGCUAGGCAAAGUCAAGGAGGAUUACAAGGAGCUCAAAGUCAGAAAUGGGAAGAAGGAGUCAGACCUAGAGGCAGCUCUGGCCCGGCUGAGGGAUCUAGAGGCUCUGUUGAACUCUAAAGAUGCCUCUUUGUCCACUGCCCUGGGGGAGAAACGCUCUCUAGAUGCUGAGGUCAGGGACCUAAAGGCCCAGCUAGCCAAGCUGGAGACAGGUCUGAGCGAUGCUAAGAAGCAGCUUCAGGAUGAGAUGCUGAGGAGAGUGGACGCUGAGAACCGCCUGCAGACCCUCAAGGAAGAACUGCAGUUCCAGAAGAACAUCUACGGAGAGGAGCUGAGGGAGUCCAAGCGCAGGCACGAGUCUCGCAUGGUGGAGAUUGACAGUGCAGGAACAAAGCAGGAUUACGAGAGUAAGCUGGCUGAGGCCCUGAUGGAGCUGCGAGCCCAGCACGAGGAGCAGGUCCGCAUCUAUAAGGAGGAGAUCGAGAAGACCUACACCUCCAAGCUGGAGAACGCCCGUCACUCCGCAGACAGGAACAGUACCCUGGUGGGGGCGGCUCACGAGGAGCUGCAGCAGACCCGCGUGCGGAUGGAGGGCAUGUCCUCCCAGCUCAGCCAGCUGCAGAAACAGCUGGCGGCGAGGGAGGCCAGGGUACGUGAGCUGGAGGAGUCUCUGGCCCGGGAGCGGGACACGAUGCGCCGGCGCCUGGAGGACAAGGAGAGGGAGAUGGGGGACAUGCGCAUGCGAAUGCAGCAACAGCUGGAUGAAUACCAGGAGCUGCUGGACAUCAAACUGGCCCUGGACAUGGAGAUCAGCGCCUAUCGUAAACUGCUGGAGGGAGAGGAGGAGAGACUGCGUCUGUCUCCCAGCCCUCCCCCAACCCGAGUCACUGUGUCCCGUACCACCGGCUCGGGCUCAGCACACACCCAUACCACCCGUACCUCGGGCUCAGGACACAGCCACAGCGCCCGAGUGGUCCAGUCCACCAGCGGCAGCCGCAACUCCUCAGGCACGGCUAGCGCCAAGAAGAGACGGCUCAAUGACAACGACAGCGAGACCUCCAGCCUGGCGGGGGGCGCCGUGACGCGUACACGCAUUGCCCAGCAGGCCUCCGCUAGCGGCCGCGUCACCGUGGACGAGGUGGACCUGGAGGGGAAGUACGUCCGCCUCAGCAACAAGGCCAACGAGGACCAGCUUCUGGGCCACUGGCAGGUGAAGAGACAGGUGGGCACCAGCACCCCCAUCGUCUACAAGUUCCCCCCCAAAUUCAACCUCAAGGCAGGACAGACCGUCACAAUUUGGGCUUCAGGAGCAGGCGGCACCCACAACACCCCCUCAGACCUGGUGUGGAAGACCCAGAACUCAUGGGGCAGCGGAGACCUGUUCCAAACCAUCCUGGUCAGCGCCAAUGGAGAGGAAAUGGCACAGAGGAAGGUUACACGCACCCUGUUCCAGGAAGAUGAUGACGAUGAUGGCAACCACAGUGCGUGCGGUGUGGACAGUGACUACAACCUGCGGAGCCGCACGGUGGUCUGUGGCUCAUGUGGCCAGCCGUCUGAUAAGAGCUGUGCCACCUCAGGGGUGUCCAGUGGCUCCUGCUCCAUCAGCAGUGGAGGAGGUCUGCCUGAGGGCCUGAUGUCUCCCCUCUUUAUAAUGGGUAGCAACUCACCCAGACAGGGAGGUCCCAGACCGGAGAACUGCUCCAUCAUGUAAAGCCAGGCAGGCACCAACUUACCUGGACAAGUACCCCCCACACCACACAUGGAUGGGAGAUGCCUUUUUUUAAAUUACUUUUUUAUUUCCUUUGUUUGAUGUAUGAUCUGUCUUAUUUUGUAUGACAUAAUCUGCAGGUUAGAUUGCCUUUGGUGUUUGGCAAAAGCUGUGUAUUCACUUCAGAUAUAUGAGCUUGUAUAUUCUAGUUAUUGCAUGUGGGCUGGGCAGAUGCUUUCACUGUUUAGAGCCAUAUCUAGGGAGAGAGGCACAGAAAGCACCUUUAACCAUUACAGUGGACUUUGAUCCAUAGUGAGCUUUUGCGUCAUGUCUAAACUGUCACAACACUAAACACGCACAGCAGCAAACCCUGCUAUGAAUCAGUGGAUAUGGGGGCUGGAACCAGGGAUCUCUGGCCUGGUAUUCCAAAUACACUACCAUAGAAUGUCACUAAAUGGAGAUGGAGUGAACCCCCUCUGACCGCUAGAGGAUUAUGGGGGUUUGUAUUAGACUGAGCGAUGGGAUUGGUCAUUCUAAAGCCAUAGUUACAAAGAGGAGCUCAAACUUGACACUGCCAUCAAGUGGUUUAUAUUUCUGAACACAAGACAGUAGUUUUUUAUGGAAUGACAUCUAUAUUAUUACUCAUGAAACAAUCAGACAACUAUGGUAAUAUGGAUAUAGGUUCCAAAUUGUGACUUGUUUUCACAGGCUUGAAAGAGGUAUGUAGUUGUUAAAGAAAUGAUACCAAAACGAGAUGAGCACACAGACAUGGGGAAGACCAAGUAGUACUGUAUUGUAAAGUUGAGUACGGUCUUGACAUGACCUCUGACCUCCAGAAAUAGUUUCCUCUUAGAGGCUGAUAAUUAUUAUCUGACCUCACCGUUGUCUUGUAUGACAAAACAGUUAUGCCACACUUUUUUGUUUACGUAGUUAUACUGUAGGGCAACUCAUCAGAUCUAGACAAAAAAAUAUGAUUUGUAUGGAUUAUUUUGCUUUUUGAAUCUGAGAUAAUUGCCAGAUGGAUUAUAGUAAUGUUACUGUAACCUUCUAAUAUUGACCUUCCAUUUUUAGGUUUGAGGGAAUGUGGCAGCUUGAGAAAUAGAUGUUCUGGUUUGUCAGACUCUAAAGACAGAAAUCGUCUGAGUUGGAAGUGUGUUGAUUUUAAAUGAAAGUACAAUGCUUACCUUUUCGUGACAGCAGUGCAACAAUGUGUACAUUCUGUAACUUUGUAUCAGGUGUAGUGUCAGAAAGAAUGGGUACAGGUAGAAAGUAAACCUUGGACAAGUAAGCCUGAGCCUGAAUGGCCCGUAGGGGUAGUUGGACCAUAUGGUAUUAUCUGGCCAAAAGUUGACUUUAUUUAUGAACUACACAGUAUGUUGCAUUGGCAAACAUGUUGGUGCUAUAUUUUCAGUGUAAUCAAUUAUCAAGGUGUCACUUUGACAAGGUCAGAGAGUAUUUAACUUGAGAAGGAAACCUAAAUGAAACUUAAACCAUCUAUUCCUCACAUGAUACCAAUUUUACAUUGACAUCCUCUGUAUUCAUGUAUUGUAGUCUUGAAUCUAUUGUCCAGAGGCCUCUCUCCCACUUUUCUGAGCUUAGUGUCUUUUCUUUUGGGCAUGUUUAUUCUUUUUUUUUUCGGGGGGGGGGGCGGCGGCAAUUACAAUUACCGGUAUGUCAAAAAUGAGCUACAAUCAUCUACAAAGAUUUAUCCACUGAAUAUAUUAAUAGAGGCAUGUACAGUAGUCUGGCAGCCUUUUUAUAGGAUGUAUAAGCAGUGAAGAGUUUCUGAGAAUACUUGAUACUUUAUGAAAUAUUUAAGGUUUUUUUUGUACUUCAUACACAUUUCUAUCACUACCAAUUUGGAGAAAAUGUGAUUAUUCUCACUGCCCCAGACAUACCUUAGAGAAGCUCAAUAAUAUUUUUUACUUAUACAUAUAUAAUUACUUUUGUCACUUUUCAGCAUUUCUUUUCUCAUCAUGUCUCAAAGUGCCUUAUUGAUACCUGCUAGUGAUCAUUGGAAAUUAUGUAUUCUUUUUGCAUUAUGAGGUGUCAAUUCCAAAGAUAUGCGAUAUUUUGUCUUUAAAGACAAUGGAAUUUAUAGAUUUACAGAGUAUGUUGGCUAUAGUUGCAUAUUUGUACGGAAAUUGCCUUUGUACAUAAUGCUCAAUUGAAUUUGUAAGAAAUGAUUAUACCUAAUAUGGGAAAACCAUGCAAUCCAGGUAGAAUGAAUUAGUGAUGAUUUACCAGCCUUUUCUGUUCAAGAAGACACAAUGAAAACUAUUUUCCCAACAAAUGCCGUCUUGUGGUUGACUUCUUAAUAAAAUUUCAUCUGUG